CCAAAAGCGGUCAUUUCGAUUUGCGCAAACCGCACGGGAACGUUUUCGCUAUGACUUCAUAUUGGUUCUACCCUGUGGCUCUGUUAAUUUCAGUUCUUCUUCACGCUAUUCACAAAUCAAAGAGAAAUUCCAAACCACCGAGAUGGAGGAACGUCCCACCAGCGACAGAACGCGUUCUCGUCAUCGGCGCUUCAUCAGGUGUGGGGAGAGAGAUCGCCCUUCGGUAUUCCCGCCGAGGAGCCGGUGGAAUUGCCAUUGUUGGGAGAAGAAAGGAAGAAUUGGGAGCUGUGAAGAGGGAGUGUGAACUGGUGGGUCAAGUCGUGAACCCCACACCCCGCAAUGAUUGGAUUGCGCAUCGUUUGGCGCUGGCUGAGACCCGUUGAAUGAUAUGUCUGCUUUGGGUAUUUCAGCUGACGAAAUCUCCGGUGUUGGCGAUUGCUGCGGAUUGUUCGGUCAUUGAGGACGUGUCAAGUCUGGCCCGCCAGAUCGAGAAAGCAUGGGGAUGGUUUGAUACGUUGAUUAUAUGUGCAGGCGUUUCAAGCGUGCGGCCAGUUAUGGACAUUGCUGGGUAUCGACACUCGACUCAUGACGAGAGUGGGACGUAUGAUACAAGCGAUGGGGUUCAGAAGGUAAAUGACGUGAUUGAGCGUUCGUUAAAAGGGAAUUUUCUUGGGCCUGUUCU